AUGUCGCCCAUCGCCUUGUCCGAACCAUCAACGUCUCCAUUCCCACCUCUGUUCGAGGCUUUGCGCUCAGCGCCAACUGCGCCAGAUGCGAAAGCCGCCGCCGAUAGACUAGCCCGUGAGGUCGCCAAACAGGGCCCUCAAUCCUUGGAUGAACUCCAGGUCCUCAAAACUUUGCAUGAUUUCGCCACCAACAAGAAAUCUGGCUAUGAGCGUGAAUCCGCUGCGAUUGCGUUCCACUCCUUCGCCACCAUCUUAGGCCCAGCCGUUGCACCUCUCCUACUAUCUUCGCUUCCUAUUUUAUUCGAUCUCUACAUGGAUAAAGGCGACGUCGUCCGUUCAGCUGCAUCUACGGCUGUCAAGGCCAUCCUCAAACUCUUCCCACCCGAGUCUACACGCAUUGUAUUUCGCAAGCUCGAAUCCAUCCUAGAAAGUGGCAAAUGGAAGACGAAAGUUGGCGUUCUAGAGUCUUACAAGCCUUUCGUCUCCUCCGCCCGCGAUCCUGUUGCCGCCGAACUCGGCGAAGCUCUCCCAAAAGUAGAGGCGGCUAUGCAUGACACCAAACAGGAGGUCUCGUCCGCGGCAAUUAAAUGCGCCACAUCUCUUUGCACAACCCUUGCCAAUCCAGAUCUCACACCACACAUUCCGGUUCUCGUCAAGUGUAUGGCAAACCCCGAUCAAGUACCUGCGUGCAUCAAAGCAUUGUCGAGCACCACUUUUGUUGCUGAAGUCACUGCACCUGCCCUCGCCGUGCUUGUCCCACUGUUACUUCGUGCUUUAAAUGACAGGAGUAUGGAGGUCCAACGUCGAACGGUCGUUGUAAUUGACAAUCUCGUCAAACUUGUCCGAGAUCCUAAGAUUGCCGCAACUUACCUCAGCCCGUUGGUUGACGGUGUACAGAAGAUUGCUACUGGCGCUGCUUUCCCUGAGGUUCGGGCAUUUGGUGAUACUGCCCUGAAGACCCUGUUGAAGUCCGGUGCUUCGUCCUCCGGACCACCGCCUGCGCAUCGUGAUCUUGAUGCUGAAGCCUCCUUGGUCAUAUUCACGUUGAAAACACUCUUACCUGAACAAUUGGCACUGGAACCGCCGAAAUUCCCAAACGGUCCCAAGAAGGCAAAAUAUGCUGCCCUCGAUAUUACUCUCAACUUCCAAGCAGCACUCAUUGCGGAUCUAGUCUACAACCGUAAUUUCAAGGAUACCAGCAUUUGGAAGCGCUGUGUGGGCGUCUAUGCGUCCAUUUGGCUGGAUGACGAGCAGGGCACAGCCUUUGGGGAAGCCAUUCGUUCUCAUUACCAUGCCAUUGAUCAGGCAAAGCAUGCUGUUGCAAAAAGUUACAAUUCUGAAGAGGGCGAACUCCUCUGCGACACCCUCUUUUCGCUAGCAUAUGGCGCCCUCCUCCUUCUCUCCCACACCACACUUCGUCUCAUUCGUGGACGACGCUAUGGUAUCCUUGGAGCUAAUGGAUCCGGAAAGUCCACUCUAAUGCGCCAGCUUCGUGACGGCAAGGUGGAGAAUUUCCCUCCGCCGGACCAGCUCCGUUGUGUCAUGGUUGAACAUUCGCUCCAAGGCGAGGAUGCCUCUUUGUCGGUAUUAGAUUUCAUUGCUAGUGAUAAGGCGCUCUCCAAUGUUCCUCGAUCGAAAAUCCGUGACCAGCUUGCCGAGGUCGGCUUUGACGAUGCACGUCAAGCCGAUAUCGUGGGUGGCCUAUCAGGUGGAUGGAAAAUGAAACUUGAACUUGCCAGGGCUAUGCUCUAUAACGCCGAUCUUCUGCUACUCGAUGAGCCUACGAAUCAUUUGGACCGUGCAUCUGUUGCAUGGCUUGAGGAUUAUCUGAAAGCGCAGAAAAACAUAACUUGUUUGAUUGUCAGUCACGACUCAGGAUUUUUAGACAAUGUCACGACCGAUAUCAUCCAUUACGAGAGCAAGAAACUUGUAUAUUAUCCCGGAAAUCUUUCUGCAUUCGUCGAGAAGCACCCAGAAGCGAAAUCAUAUUAUACGCUCGCUGCCACGACCGUCAAAUUCUCGUUCCCACCACCAGGGUCUCUCAUGGGAGUUCGAAGCAAUACUCGCGCGAUCUUGAAGCUGUCAAACUGUACUUUUACAUACCCCGGCAGAACUUCACCUAGUUUGUUCAACGUUAGUUGUGCUUUAAGCCUGUCGAGUCGUGUUGGGAUAGUUGGUCCUAACGGCGCAGGGAAGUCUACGCUGAUCAAACUUGUCACUGGAGAGACGACUCCUCAGGAAGGAGUUGUAUACAAGCAUCCUGCUCUGCGAGUUGGGUACGUCUCCCAACAUGCUACGCAUCACAUCGAACGUCAUCUGGAGAAGACGCCUAUCGGCUAUAUACAAUGGCGUUUCCAGGAUGGACAUGAUCGCGAGAUACUGGAAAAGGUCACCCGCGUUCUGACACCUGAGGAAAAGGCAUUACUGGACACAGACUGGGUUGGAAGGGAUGGGAGUAAACGGAAAGUUGAGAUGAUCAUGGGUCGUCAAAAACUGAAGAAGUCUUUCCAAUACGAAAUAAAAUGGCGCGGCCUAGACCACAAAUUCAACACCUGGGUCCCUCGGGAAGAUCUACUUUCAAAGGGCUUUACGAAACUUGUACAACAAUUCGACGAUCUCGAAGCUUCGCGUGAAGGUGCAGGUUCACGCGACACGUCAGCACAACUCGUUCGCAAGCAUCUGGAAGACAUCGGUCUUGACGGGGACAUUGCGCAGUACAACGAAAUAUCUGGCCUUUCUGGUGGACAGAAGAUCAAGCUUGUCAUUGCUGCUUGUCUUUGGAAUAACCCACAGAUUUGCGUGCUCGACGAACCGAGUAACUUCCUAGACAGAGAAGCGUUGGGCGGAUUGGCCGUCGCUAUCAGAGAAUGGUCCGGCGCUGUGGUCAUCAUCUCUCACAACCAUGAAUUCGUCUCAUCACUCUGCCCAGAGAUUUGGAAUGUGGAAAAUGGUCGGCUUGCUCACCAAGGCAAGGCUGCAGUCAUCGAGGACGCUUUCUUGGGUUCCAAAUCGCCGAAGGGCAGCGGUGCCAACACGCCUGCUCGAUCUCGCAUGCAGACACCCAUCGCAUCCGCGGCUGGCACGCCUGCAGGAAGCGGAGCGGAAGACGGCGCUGCAAAACCCGUGGUGAAGAAGAAGAAGAAACUGACCCGCAACCAGCUGAAGGCUCAGGAAGAGAGGAGGCGACUGAGGAAAUUACGUUGGCUAACCGAGGGAGGGCCGCGGCCGGAGGACACUGACAGUGAUGCUUGA